CUGCGACAGAUAUUGGAACAUACGGUUGUGUUUUGUCUCAACUCUUGGCUGUUGAGUUUGGAGCGUCCUUCGGGAAGAUUGCGAAAUGAAGUUCAUGAAACUUUCGAACUUAUAAAAAGUUUUUUGUAAGAAAUUCGGAUAUGUCACAGUUUGUUAAAACAUAAUGAAAGUGUUUUGAUUAAAUAUAUGAAUAGAUAAAGAUCAUUUUAGUAAAGUUAGCUGCUUUAUAGGAUAAAUUAUAAAGUUGAGUGAACUUUUGUACUUUGCUGGCAAAUGGUAAUCCCACAGGUACUUACGUAUCCUUACUGUUGUGGUGAAUUCAAAGCAUAGCAACGCCUAAAACAUGAGCUUUUGUUACUUAAAAAUAUCGGUGUGUAUUUGUAUAGUUAAUAAUGAGGUAAACAAAAAAUGUGCCUGUGUAGUUCUAUUAUUGUGAGUAGUUUUGUGCUAUGGAAGAACUUGAGCGGUGGAGAAACAUGUCGCUGAAAUUAAAAGUAUUUGUAUUUGUUGCCUGCUUCGCACGAAUUUCAUCUUCAGCAGAAAGUAUAGCACAAAUGCAACCACCUAGGUUCACCACACAACCAUCUUCCUCAAAUAGCAUUGUCAGAGAAAGUACCACAAAGAUAUUACAAUGUUCUGCAAUCGGUAUUCCUCAACCGAUGUACAGGUGGUUGAAAAACGGUAUACCACUUGGAGAUUAUUCAUCGGAGCUCUUUUAUAAAAUUCAGAAUACUCAAAAGGAUGACGCCGGAGCCUACCAGUGUAUAGCAAAGAAUGACGUCGGUGCUAUAUUCAGUGAAAAAAACAACAUUUUUGUUGCAUAUAUGGGAAUGUUUGAAAAUACGGUUGAGUCAGUUGUGACUGUAGAAUCUGGAAAGGCUGCUAUCCUAGACUUUCCACCGAUUGAUUCAGAACCACCUCCGACAGUCGUGUGGCAAGAUGAAAAAGGGGUCAAUGGAGUGCCUAGCUACGACCAAAAAUAUGCUAUCACCGAUAAACAUCAACUUGUUAUUUUGUGCGCUUCUAGGGAAGAUCAAAGAGCGUAUAGAGCUCGUGCGAUCAAUACUCAAUUAGGUAAAGUAGAAAAUAGCCCUUACAUCAGAUUAAAUGUAUACGGGGACGACAAUAAAGAAAUUGCCCCAGAAAUUAUAAUAAAACCUCAGGACACUAAAGUGAUUAAAGGUCAAGAAUACACAAACUUAUAUUGCAUAGCCAAUGCUCGGCCUCUGCAUGAACUCGAAACGUUAUGGUUCAAAGACGGCAUAUUGAUCGACUUGGCGGGAAUCACUUACGACUUAAAUGACCAGUGGAAUAGAACAUUAAGUCUGAUAUCCGCCAAUGCCAAGCACACGGGAAAGUACAUGUGUCAAGCCAGAUUGAAAACUGGGGGCUUCGCAACCGUCACCGCGGCUGCAAGUGUGACGGUAUUCGAAAAGCCUAUUAUGCUCACUAACCUGAAAACCGAAACAUAUGGAGAAUACGGAAACGCAAUUGUAUUAGAAUGUAACGUACAAGGUACACCCUUACCUGGUAUCACGUGGUAUAAGGACGCCAGGAAAAUUGCGAGCGUCGGCGCAGAUGCCGGUGAAGCAGAUAACGCUGAUGUCGACGAUGGCGGGGGAAGGUAUAGAGUUGAAGUUGAUAGGAGCCUUGUUAUAAACGACCUUAAAAUGGAAGACAUGGGCAUUUACCAAUGUAUCGCGAGUAAUGAAGCUGGAGAAUCGUCCAUUUACACUUGGUUGAAAAUUAAGACAUUGGAUGGUUCACGCAUCCGACGCAGUCACAUGAAGUUAAUUCGAAUGAGGACUUCUGAUAGAAAAACAAAACCGUUUAAAUUCGAUGCCGGCACGUCUCCACCAGUAAUGCAAAGUGCCCCAUCAAACCUCACCGUUUUGGACGGCAAGGAUGCCACCAUCGCCUGCAGGGCUGUAGGAGCCCCAACGCCUAACGUCACUUGGUAUUUCAAUGACUCAUUAAUAAUAAAUUUAUCUGGACGGCUGCAAGCCCUGGAAGAAGGCGAUCUGCUAAUAACAAGUACUACCACAGCAGAUAGCGGGAAAUAUACGUGUAAACGUGCUAAUGAAGCGGGCAGUGUUUCGGGAGAGGCAUACCUUACUGUGUUAGUAAGAACUCAAAUCAUCGCACCCCCCGUAGACACACGCGUUCUGCUCGGCCACACAGCGACGUUGCAGUGCAAAGUAUCGAAUGACCCCAACGUCAAGUAUAAUAUAGACUGGUUCCACAACAAUCAACCAAUGACCGCGGGAUCCCGAGUGUUGGUAUCGGGUGAUGGUGCUUUGCAAGUUCAAGCUGUACGAGCUAGUGACGCGGGUGAAUACAAAUGUAUAGUGACGUCAGGGGGGGGCAAUCACACGAGAAGAGCUUUUCUCUCCGUCAUCGAACUGCCAUUCUCGCCUACGAAUGUGAGAGCUGAGAGAUUAGACGCUACGCCGCAACGCGCCGUCAAUGUCUCGUGGACUCCGGGCUUUGAUGGGAACUCACCGGUACAGAAGUUUAUCGUGCAGCGGCGGGUUGUUCCUGAAUUUGGUCCCACACCAGAUCCUCUUCUAAACUGGAUAACGGAGCCAAUGAAUGUGUCAGCAAAUCAACGUUGGGUUUUACUAACAAGCUUGAAAGCGGCCACAUCUUACCAGUUCCGAGUGUCGGCCGUGAACACUGUGGGUGAGGGACCCCCGUCCGACCCUACAGAUGUUCUGACAUUGCCACAAGAAGCGCCAUCUGGACCGCCGAUUGGGUUCAUGGGUUCUGCCAGAUCUUCCUCAGAAAUUAUAACACAAUGGCAGCCGCCCUUAGAGGAACACCGUAACGGGCACAUCUUAGGUUACGUUAUACGAUACAGGCUAAAGGGCUACGAUAACAGUCCCUGGACGUAUCAAAAUAUAACCAACGAAGCUCAGAGAAAUUAUCUCAUACAAGAUUUGAUCACUUGGAAGGAUUAUAACGUUCAAAUCGCUGGGUAUAACGAUAAAGGCGUUGGAAUGUUCUCCGAUAGCUAUACUAUAAAGACGAAGGAAGGCGUGCCAGAGGCAGCGCCGGAUAGUGUCCGGUGUGAGGCAUUUAAUUCUACAUCAAUCACAGUUUGGUGGACACCGCCUACUCCACAGAAAAUUAAUGGGAUUAAUCAGGGAUACAAAAUACAAGCCUGGAAAUGGGAUGAUUUACAAAACGACAGUUUAGAAUAUAAACUUGUGAGCGUACCUCCAAACUUGUUGGAUCCAUUAACUGAGCAGUCUUCGAUUAUGAGUGGUCUCGAAAAGUUCACUGAGUACAAUGUGUCAGUAUUGUGCUUCACCGAACCUGGAGAUGGACCACGAAGCGAGUUUGUUGCUGUGAGGACUAAGGAAGACAUACCUGAUGAAGUCGUCAACCUACAGUUCGACGAUAUAUCAGAUAGGGCAGUUCGCGUAUCUUGGUCGCCGCCAAGGAAGUCAAAUGGCGUACUUAUUGGCUAUAAAUUAUCAUACCAAGUGAAGGAAAACCCAGACACGUUAAAGGAAGAAGUAUUACCUCCGAAUGUUACCAGCAUUCAUGUGGAACAUUUGCAGGCGAGUACGCAAUACAACUUCUGGGUGAGCGCCAUGACUGGAAUCGGUGAAGGUCCACGCAAGUCGGCCUCCAUACAGUCUGGAGUAGAACCAGUGUUACCAGGUGCUCCGAGGAACCUCGCUCUAUCGAACAUUGAUGCGUUCUCUGUACUCUUACAGUUUACACCUGGAUUUGAUGGAAACUCUUCUAUAGCGCUUUGGACCGUGCAGGCACAAACAGCACGUAACUCCUCCUGGGUGACAAUUUAUGAAGUGAGCGCACCAGAUGCACAGUCCAUCGUGGUAACUGGCCUGGUACCAUUCACUACAUACCGGCUUCGGAUUAUUGCGACCAACGUGGUUGGGACUUCGCCCCCAUCGGAGCCCUGCAAAGAGUUCCAAACAAUACAAGCGCCGCCCCAACAUCCGCCAAGGAAUGUCACCGUUAGAGCUGUCAGUGCUAAUAAUCUUCGAGUGAGAUGGAUCCCUCUGCAACAGAGUGAAUGGUAUGGCAAUCCAAAAGGAUACAACAUUACCUAUAGAAGAAGCGGUACAAGUGAUACAUUGUAUGCAGUUAUUGAGGACCAUACAGCAAAUUCUCACGUGCUUUCAAACUUGGAAGAGUGGUCUCUCUAUGAAAUUCGUAUGACAGCUAUUAAUGAGGUCGGAGUUUCUGAAGAUAGUCCUAUUGCUACCGAAAGGACGAGGGAAGCUGUGCCAUCUAGUGGACCGACGGACGUCUCGGCCAAUGCCACGUCGUCGACUACAGUUGUUGUACUAUGGGGUGACAUACCAGUGCAAGAUCAGAACGGUCUCAUAGAGGGGUACAAAGUUUGCUAUGCGGCAGUAGUCCCGCCACCCCAGAAUCAUAAAAAGGUUGAAUGUCAGGCCAUACCAUCAAACCAGACGCAUACAGUUACCUUAACAGAGCUGAGGAAGUAUGUGGUGUACCAUAUACAAGUAUUGGGCUACACUCGUCUGGGUGAUGGAGCGCUUAGUGAUCCACCAGUUACAGUGAGGACGUUUGAGGACACUCCGGGACCACCCUCAAACGUAUCAUUCCCCGAUGUAUCGUUUACAUCUGCCCGAAUUAUAUGGGAUGUUCCUGAAGACCCCAACGGAGAAAUACUCGCAUAUCAGGUCACAUAUCACUUGAACAUAUCUACGCAACACAUGUUCUCAAGGGAAUUCCUACCCUCGGACAGGACAUUUAGAGCAACGGAACUAUCGUCAGAGCAAUACUACCUUUUUACGGUGCGUGCGCAAACGCGUCUAGGGUGGGGUGCCACUGCACGCGUGCUCGUGCUAACGACGGCCAAUCGCGCUGCGCCUGCGCCUCCAGGUCGACCACAUCUCGCUCGCUCUUUACUUCAACCACAUCAGAUCACCUUCUCUUGGACACCGGGCGAUGAUGGAUAUGCCCCGUUGAGAUACUACACGGUCCAGCAAAAAGAAGACGGUGGGACCUGGCAAACUUUACCCGAAAGAGUUGAUCCGUUCGCGACGUCAUACACAGUGGACGGCCUCAAACCAUACACAGCGUAUCAGUUCAGAAUAAGAGCAACCAAUGAUAUUGGCCCGAGUCGAUAUAGCAACGCCACUGAGACCGUUCGAACUUUGCCCGCAGCGCCAAGUAAAGCCGUAGAGAAUCUACGUGUAGUACCAAUAACACCUAGCAGCGUACGCGUUCAGUGGUCACCGCUCCCAGAGUCCCAUUGGAGUGGUGAUGCUCGGACCGGAGGGUACCGGGUUCUGUACCAGCCACUCACUGACUUCACAGCCACGCUCCAAAAUACUAUGAAACAGGAGGUGCCUGGUAUUAAGAGCGAAGAAGUUGUUCUAACUGAACUAGCAGUUGACCGUAACUAUGAGAUCAGCGUGUUUGCCGUGAAUUCCCAAGGAUUAGGACCCGGUGGGGUCCCAGCUGUCGUGUGGGUGGGCGAAGCGGUGCCCACUGCACCCCCACAAGAAGUCGCGGCGGAACCCGUUUCCCCCACAGAGGUCGGUCUCGUGUGGCGCCCGCCGCUACUUGACCAGCAAAAUGGGGAUUUGCUUGGAUAUAAGAUUUUUUAUCUGAUGACGGAGUCACCCGAGGAACCAGAGCCCGGAAGACGCAUUGAAGAAGAAAUAGAAGUCGUUCCCGCUACUGCUACUUCCCACUCACUCGUGUUCCUUGAUAAGUUUACUCAGUAUCGCAUACAGGUGUUAGCAUUUAACCCAGCUGGCGAUGGGCCGCGCUCACACGCGAUAUUGGUACGAACACAUCAGGGUCUACCAUCAGCGCCUCGAAAUAUCACCUUCAGCGAUAUCACCAUGAACAGUCUGGUGGUGUCGUGGGAAGCACCGCGACGACGAAACGGACUCAUACAUUCUUAUCUCGUUACGUACGAGACUAUCGAGCAGGAUGAACGUUUUAGCAAGCAAGUAAAACAGAAAGUCUCUGAGCGCCGGCUGGCCGUCGGGGGCUUAGAAGAAGAAGUCGAAUAUAAGUUCACCGUCCGAGCAGUGACUAUUGGCGCUGGGGGAGCUGGGGAAUCACGAGUUCGUACUGGGCCCCAGCCGGGGUCUCCGGAGCCCCCACGAGCCCUUGCCUUACGGGCUGACCCCGCAGCUUUACAUCUACGCUGGACCAACGCCCCCUCCGGUCGGGGACCUCUUCUUGGAUACUAUAUUGAAGGACGGAAGAAAGCAAAGGAAACUUGGCAAGCAUAUGACACGCGGUGGGAGACAAUAACGCGUACCAGUAACGGAAUGUUGGAAGAAUUCACGAUAUCGUACCAAAGCCUCCUUCCUUCAACAGCCUAUUCGUUCCGGGUGAUCGCAUACAAUAUGUAUGGGAUCAGUAACCCUACUUAUAGCGAUAAGGUGAUAGUGACGCCUUCGAAAUUGUACCUAGAGUACGGAUACCUGCAGUAUCGGCCUUUCUACCGACGCACCUGGUUUAUGGUGGCACUUGCUGCAGCCUCCAUUAUCAUCAUCAUUAUGGUCAUAGCUAUAUUGUGCGUCAAAAGCAAAAGCUAUAAAUACAAAAGGAAUUAUAUCGGUCUCACAGAGGAGGCGCAGAAAACGCUGGAAGAGUCACUCGCCGGGGAGACGGAGGAACGGGGAUCCCUCGCUUUGGACUUGUACCGGUCGAGGGCUGGAUCCAGCGCUUCAGCCGCCGCCUUGGGAGCCGGAACGCUUCGUCGGAAGCCACCUCCCGCCCCCGCUUUAGCAAAAUCCCCUCCCCGACCUUCCCCGGCCUCCGUGGCCUACCACAGCGACGAAGAAAGCCUCCGCGGAUACGACGAGAACCCAGACGACUCUUCCGUCACCGAGAAACCUUCGGAGAUGAGCUCCUCCGACUCGCAGAACUCUGAAAGCGAAAACGAGAGCGUGAGGUCGGAGCCUCACUCGUUCGUCAAUCACUACGCGAACGUGAACGAUACGUUACGCCAAUCUUGGAAGCGGCAACGGCCCGUUCGCAACUACUCCAGUUACACGGACUCGGAGCCCGAGGGCAGCGCAGUGGUGAGCCUAAACGGGGGUCAGAUAGUGAUGAACAAUAUGGCGAGAUCUCGGGCGCCUUUGCCGGGUUUCUCCUCGUUCGUAUGACAGGACGCCGCCGCGUCGCACGUACACGCCAGUGACGCGACGCACGCGCUUCAUAUCUAACACUGCCCAUUCCUUAGUGUUAACGCUGCUUGUUCAUAUUGACUUUAAACUUCACUAAACGAAAUUAAAUGAUUCGAGACUAGGAUUUUUUGGUUCAGUGUUUGACGUAUUCCAAAACUCUUUUAUUCUUCAUACAAUUUCAAUAUAUUAGUGAAAACCCUCAAGAAAAACUUUUUGAUUUAAAUUUGAUUCGCGUUAAAUAUCUUAUUAAUUUAUUAAAAUAAGGCUAAUAACAUUGGUAUCAUUUUAAAUCGGUAUUUAUUCUAUCUUUUUUAUUUCAUAUUAUUUAGAUAUAUCUUCGAAAUCUACAUACGAUAUUAUGUUUUCUUCAUCUACCAAUAGAGACAAUCGAACAAGCAGAGUUAGGCUUAACUGUACAUAUCAAUCAUAAGUAAUGUUCAACUUAUGAAAUAGUUAAUUUAAUGUGUAAGUUAAAGUUAAGGUACCAUUACGUAAUUUUAAGAAUGUUCCGAGUUGUAGUACAAUUUGUAAAUAUAUUCUUUCGCUUAUUUUUAAAACCUAAUGUACUUACUCUAAUGUAUUUUUAUAUUUUUAGUCUUAUUUUUUACUUUUUUAUCCAUCCAGUUUAUUUUUGUAUUAUUUUAUGUGCAGCUUUAUACACCAGUUUUUACAAUUAGGUACGUCUAAUCAAAUAUUCCGCGGCCUUAGCACAAAUCCAUCAAAGUAAUCGAUUAACUUAGUUAAAAGACGGGUAUACUACACCCUCAAAGGCCAACAAUGCACCAACUACAUGGGUGUUCAUCGACUCGUUUGGCCCCCCUUGACAUGAAAAAUAAUAAUUCUAUUCGAAACGAUUGUUAAUUCCAAUACAACAGAGCGCUAUUGAAGUUAAUUUACUAUUUGCAUUAGCAAUUUGAUCGUUUGUGCUAAGGAUGGACUUCGGAAGCACUUUUAUGUGCACAUUGAUAUAAUAAGAGAUACGUAAAAUGUAUGAAUUCAAGAGUUAGCAGUGAAUGAAGUUUAUGUUUAGAUUUUUAGUUUUUACUAUUGUGUUCUAUUGAGAACGUAAUUUUGACUGAUUUAGAAUAUUGCUUCUUGUAAAUAAUCACAGUAGUUCAUAUAAAGUUAUUUGGCACAACCUUAUAGAUAUGAACACUCUAAAAUAUCUUUACAUUAUGAGUGGUUUUAAAAAUUAAUUCCAAUUUCGCAAAAGUCAGAUGUUCGAAAAAAAUUGUCUUAUAGGACAAUUUCAUUAAAUAAUCAAGACUAAAAUUAAUAUUUUUAUUUGAAGCAUUAGCCACAUAUGGGCCAUAUACACAUUUUCUAUAUAAUUUAAGAAUAGUAUAACAGUUUUAUAAUAACGCAAGCCGCGUUAUUAGCCGCUCCUUCUGUUUUGUAUCGGACUUUUUAUUAAACGUUUAGUGCCAUUACCUACAUUUUAUACAUUUGUGUUAAAAAGUAUUAACACUUAUUUUAAAUUAUACAAAGACUAGGAUGUGAAUAUA